UUUGGGCAGACUUUUUUCUUUUUUUUUUGUGAUAACGUUGGAAGUACUGGACAAAAUUGAUGAGACAGUUGGUAACCACUAACAAUACAAUUAUCAUAAAAUUUAAAAUAAGGGAUAAUAGUCAGAUCUGAUAAAUAUUGAAAAUCACAAACUUUGCCGUAAAUAGUUAUGGAAGAUUGCGUAUGUGCAAGUACAGAUGGGUGUCAGAUCUGUGUUACUUCAACUUACCCGUUAAUUUAAGGAUCUCGAAAAUUGACUUUGUUUUAAAAAGAACAAAAACACUUGAGGAAACAGAAUUUGAUAUACAUAAUGUUUUUAUAGCUGCACUUCGCAAUUUUUAAAUGUAAGUUUAGAUUACAACAAAAGUGGUACAAACUGCGCUCGACUCCAAUUGUCGCGUGAUCAUUGGACUAUCAUUUCAUCAUGGCGCCACUCUUGCUCCCAUUGCAGUGUGGAGUCCACGUUCAGAGACGUAAAUUAGCUCGUCUACUUCAACAGGCCGGCUCUUUUCACGCUGGGAACUAUAACAACAAAACCGAAGACUGUGGGAUUAAAAAGAAACAACGCAGCACUUAUCAGUUACAGGGUCCAAAUCUGACAUCAACAUGGACACUAAGUCAAAGAAGACAAAGUCACCAGAUUCUGGAGGCAGUAAAACAUUUACAAAUUCCGGGGAGAUCGUGCUGGCAUGGCCAUGCAGGCGGGAGGCUGAAUGCAGAUCCCAAAAACGUGCUGAAGGAAGUGAACUCAGCAAAGAUUCUCUCAGCGAUGGUAUCAUACGUGUGGCCUAAGGAUCGGCCAGAUCUGCGAGCACGAGUGGCCAUUUCACUUGGCCUGCUGGCUGGAGCCAAGAUCACCAGUGUGACUGUGCCCUUCAUGUUUAAAUAUGCGGUAGACAGCCUGAACCAGAUGUCGGGACCCAUGUUGAACCUGAGCGAUGCACCAAACACAGUGGCGACCAUGGCAACGGCCGUUUUGAUUGGCUAUGGAGUGUCACGAGCUGGCACAGCGCUCUUCAACGAACUGCGGAACGCCGUGUUUGGCAAGGUGGCGCAGAGCUCCAUCCGGAGGAUCGCCAAGAACGUCUUCCUGCACCUGCACAACCUGGACCUGAGCUUCCACCUGAGCCGGCAGACAGGCGCGCUUUCCAAGGCCAUUGACAGGGGCACACGUGGCAUCAGCUUCGUGCUUAGCGCCCUCGUCUUCAACUUGGGGCCCACUGUCUUCGAGAUGGCACUGGUCAGCGGCAUCCUGUAUUAUAAAUGUGGCGGCCAGUUUGCGCUCGUCACUCUGGGGACCUUAUCAGCUUACGCUGCGUUCACCAUUACAGUAACACAGUGGAGAACCCGCUUCAGAAUAGAAAUGAACAAGGCAGACAAUGAAGCGGGCAACGCAGCUAUCGACUCUCUCCUCAAUUACGAGACCGUUAAGUACUUCAAUAAUGAGAAAUAUGAAGCGGAGAGAUACGACGGCUUCCUGAAAGUCUACGAGUCCUCUUCGCUGAAGACUACCUCUACUCUGGCCAUGCUGAACUUUGGACAGAAUGCCAUCUUUAGUAUUGGCCUUACAGCUAUUAUGGUGCUUGCUAGCAAGGGCAUCAUGGCAGGAAGCAUGACUGUGGGAGACCUUGUCAUGGUCAAUGGGCUCCUCUUCCAGCUCUCAUUGCCCCUCAACUUCUUGGGCACAGUGUACAGAGAGACCAGACAAGCCCUCAUUGACAUGGACACCCUCUUUACUCUGCUCAGUGUCAACACCAAAAUUAAGGAGAAAGAGCUGGCCCCUUCGUUACUAGUUACGCCUCAGGAGGCCACCAUCAGGUUUGAGGAUGUCUACUUUGAGUACUUGGAGGGACAAAAGGUCCUCAACGGGGUUUCCUUCGAAGUGCCUGCUGGAAAGAAGGUUGCUAUUGUGGGUGGCAGUGGAUCUGGGAAGAGCACAAUCAUGAGGUUACUGUUUCGGUUCUACGAACCCCAGCAAGGCAACAUCUAUAUUGCGGGUCAGAACAUUCAGGAUAUUAGUUUGGAAAGUCUGAGGAAAACGUUGGGUGUAGUGCCCCAGGAUGCUGUCCUCUUCCACAACACCAUCUACUACAACCUGCAGUAUGGCAACAUCCAUGCCUCGCCCGACGAGGUGUACCGGGUGGCCAAGCUUGCCGGCAUCCACGACGCCAUCCUCAGAAUGCCUCAUGGCUAUGACACACAGGUCGGAGAGCGAGGUCUCAAGCUCUCAGGUGGAGAAAAGCAGCGUGUGGCCAUCGCCAGGGCAAUCCUGAAAAACCCUCCCAUUCUACUCUAUGAUGAGGCCACUUCAUCACUAGACUCUAUUACUGAAGAGAACAUUCUGAGUUCAAUGAAAGAAAUGGUGAAAGACAGAACAUCUGUCUUCAUUGCCCACAGACUGUCCACCAUUGUCGAUGCAGAUGAGAUUAUUGUGCUGAAUCAGGGGAAGGUGGCUGAACAUGGCGACCACCACACACUCCUGAGCACGCCGGGCAGCCUCUACGCAGACCUGUGGCACACGCAGAACAGCAGAGCUCUGGGCAUCGACGGCGACAGCCGGCCCCAGGCCCGGGCCGAACACGCUUCCCAGAAGGAAGAGGAGCGACGAAAGCUGCAGGAGGAGAUCCUGAACAGUGUAAAGGGCUGUGGCAACUGCUCCUGCUAACACCCACACAGACACCCCCCCCCCCACACACACACACACACGCCCACGUGCACAAAAAAAGCUCUCCAGGCAGUCUGACAAUGUGGAGACUUUGCUGCACACAGGUAGUCCUGCCCUACCCUACUUUCUAAGGAUUGCUUUGCAGGUUGGAGACAGGGCAAGAGGGCAGCUUAGGGCUGUUUGCUGUCCUGCUUCCCCCGAAACAUGAGUGAAUUCAACCCAGAGUCCACGAGUCUUGGUGGUGUUGACCUAUUUUGAUUCAACAGGAUUCUUUGGCAUUCUAAACUAACCAUGGCAUUUUGCACAUUUAUAUGUGCACUAACUAAGACACAUGCCUUUCAGUUGACACUAUCAUGGUGUUUGAAUUCCUUUUAAAUGAUUAUUUUUUCAUGUGGCUAGAUAGCUGUUUUUAUCAUCGAUGUGUACAUAUUUAAUAUAAUAUAUGAUUGGUUUGUACAUGCAUGGAAAGUCAUGGUACAGAAGUGGAUGUGUUUUGGGCUUUUGUAAGUAAAGCAUAAUUACUCUAUUGAAAAAGAACACCUUAUAUACUUUAUAUUGUUGACACCUUGCAAAAUAUUUUGUGCUACAUUUUGUGAAAUCAGCUCUUUUAAAAACACUGAAAAGUAAAAUAUGAAUUAAAGCUUUUGUCAGCAGGAGGAUUUAAAAAUAAAAAAUAAAAAAGAUAUUCCAGUUUGUGUGCCUAUAGUGAUUGUUCAUUGCACACUGGUGGCAGAUAUGACACCAUCCUUGAUUUGGUCACGCUUAGCAGUUUUCAACAUAAUUGUUAUUUAUCCAGCAGCUGAUUUUUUUCACAUUGGGCUUGUUUUAUUUAUGCAUAUAUUAAACUAUCUUGACCAGUUAAUGUGUCAUUUAAGCAUCCUUAUUGAGACUGCAUUAUGAUUUUUUUUGCCCCUUAUUUGUCAUGCCCAACUUUACUGAUCUGUCAAUUCAUUUUUAAAAAGUAUAUAUAUGUAUAAUAUAUGCUAUAAAGGACAAAAGUGAUUCAAGUGGCUGGAAAAUAUCAAAUGUUUUGGUGUUCAGUUAUGUCUGUCUAGCUUAGUUCACCAAGAUAUAAUAUCCUAAAUGUAUGUAGGUGAACAAGUACGUGGACAUAAGUUGUCAUCUGAACAGUUGCCCCCCAUUACAUUCUUGGACAUAAAAGAUAGAAGCAAAAGUGGCUGGGGUGUGGACAAAUGAAAAUAAGAAAUCAAAUAAAUAUGACAAUUAAG